AACGAUACAUGAUCUUCGAUCGUGACGAAAGCUCCGACGAAUGAACGAUAAAAGUCAUUCCCGAUUGGUUCGCUGCCGUUGAAAGCUCGAUCUCACCAUGAUGCUCAACGGGUAUCUGAAAAGUAAAAAAAUACAAGUUAGACCGGCCGAACGUUUUUAUUCUACCGCUUCGCGUUAACCGUGCCGCACGUCCGUUACGUUUGCGUUCCGUGGGGAUUUCUAAAGAGCAAUCUAAAUACUAAUAUCGAAUCAUCAUGCCGCCUAAGACAAGUGGAAAGGCCGCCAAGAAAUCUGGUAAAGCCCAGAAAAAUAUUUCGAAGACCGAUAAGAAAAAGAAGAAGCACAAGAGGAAGGAAAGUUACGCCAUUUACAUUUACAAAGUGCUGAAGCAGGUCCAUCCCGACACCGGUAUUUCGAGUAAAGCCAUGUCGAUCAUGAAUUCGUUCGUGAACGACAUCUUCGAACGUAUCGCUGCAGAAGCUUCUCGUCUCGCCCAUUACAACAAGCGUUCGACGAUAACCUCGAGGGAGGUUCAGACUUCAGUGAGAUUGUUGUUACCGGGUGAACUCGCCAAGCACGCGGUCAGUGAAGGAACCAAAGCCGUCACGAAAUACACGAGCUCCAAGUAACUUUCUUCAUGACUUCGGUAAUUAUUUCAAACUCACAAAACUGAUGCACGACCGUACGCUGUUCGUAUGCGUGUUUCGGUUGCAUUUACAUCGACAAAAGGCCCUUUUCAGGGCCGCAAAAUCUAUCAAUAAAAUGAUUAUUAUUAUUAAUAUACGAUCUAUUUAUAAGAAUUAAAUAAAUUACAUAUUGUUGU